AUGCAUCACAAGGCCCUGGGCCGUUUCCACCCCAGACACAGCCACAAGGCCUGGGGCCAUACCCCGCGCCUGGUCAGUCAAGGUCAGAUACCACCAGUUCAAGGUUACCAUGGGUCACUUGGGUCAACCCCUGCUAAUUCGAACUCGGCUGCUGGGGCAGCUGGGGUUAACACACCAGGUCCUGACCUGUUUAAAUCCAGGGUGGAGAUUCAGCUGGAAUGUAAAAACCUUUUGAACAAAGAUUUACUUUCCAAGUCAGAUCCUUGCGCUGCUCUAUACACGUUGUGUGCGGGGAAGUGGGAGGAGUAUGGAAGAACAGAGAAUAUAAAGAAUAACCUGAACCCAAAGUUUGCCAAAACAUUUGUCAUCAACUAUUUCUUUGAGGAAGUUCAGAAGCUGUUGAUUGCUGUGUAUGAUAUUGAUAAUGUCUCACCACAGUUGACAGAUGAUGACUUCUUGGGUCAGCUAGAGACCACACUGGGUCAGCUUGUAUCCAACACCCCAUUUACCUCUAAAUUGUUUCUGAAGAAUGGUAAGCAAGCUGGACAAGGAACCAUCACAAUCAGAACAGAAGAAAUCAAAGAAGGAACUGAAAACACUUUACUUACAUUUAGAGCUUCAAAACUUGACAAAAAGGAUUUCUUUGGGAAAUCUGAUCCCUACCUGGUAAUAAACAGAGCAGCCCCAGAUGGUAGCUGGCAAAUGGUCCAUACAACAGAGGUCGUUAAAAGUAACCUAAAUCCUUCAUGGAGACCCUUCCAGUUGUCACUACAGAAACUCUGUGGAGGAAACAGACUUCAGAAAAUUAAGAUUGAUUGCUAUGAUUGGGAUAGUAGUGGAAGCCAUGAUUUCAUUGGCACCUGUACAACAACAUUUGAAGAAAUGUCCAGAGCAGCAACAAAAGAGGUGACCUGGCCAUGUAUCAAUCCUGCCCGUAAAGCAAAGAAAAAAAAAUACACCAAUUCAGGAACUAUACAUUUAACCUCCUGUAAAAUUGUCAAAGAAUACACCUUCCUAGAUUUUGUGACUGCAGGCAUGCAGAUCAAUUUUAUAGUUGGUAUAGAUUUUACAGCAUCAAAUGGCAACCCGUCCCAGUCUACAUCACUUCACUAUAUUAACCCUCUCGUACCCAAUGAAUACAUGACAGCAAUAAAAACUGUAGGGGAGGUGUGUCAGGACUACGACACUGACAAGAUGUUCCCUGCCCUAGGCUUUGGAGCGCGAAUACCACCUGAUUUGGAAUUAUCUCAUGAAUUUCCUAUAAACUUCAACCUUCAGUACCCCGAUUGUCAAGGCAUAGAUGGGAUUCUCGAAGCCUAUUAUAACUGUAUCCGACUAGUCAAGCUGUAUGGACCAACCAAUGCUGCUCCUAUCAUUCAUAAUGUGGCCAGGUCUGCUGCUGAUGCUCAGAAGGAGGAGGGCUCUAAAGGAGCUCAUGCCUAUUUCAUCCUACUGAUGCUGACCGAUGGUGUUCUAAGUGACAUGUCCAAUACAAAAAGUGCUAUAGUAGAGGCCAGCAAACUGCCCAUGUCUCUCAUCAUAGUUGGAGUGGGCCAAGCAGACUUCAGUGACAUGGAGGUAUUAGAUGCAGACGAUGGGGUGCUGAGGGCAGCUAAUGGGGAGCCAGCUAAGAGAGAUAUUGUCCAGUUUGUUCCCUUCGGGGAUUUCAAACAUAGCAGCCCAACAGAGUUGGCGCGCCAUGUUUUGGCUGAAGUCCCAAACCAAGUGACUGAAUACUACAAGAUGAGAGGGCUACAGCCUAUGGCAAAACCCACCUAGAUCUACAGACACAGAUGGAUGAUAACAGUCUUGUUUCUGGAUGAAGACAGUCCUGUAUCUGGAUGAUAACAGUCCUGUAUCUGGAUGAUAACAGUCCUGUAUCUGGAUGAUAACAGUCCUGUAUCUGGAUGAUGACAAAUGGAUGAAGACAGUCUUGUAUGUGGGUGAUGACACUUGUAUCUGGAUGAUGACAGUCCUGUAUUCAGUGAUGGAAUCACUUGAUGGGUGAUUUUUAAACUUAUUGUUACCAUGGGAACAAAGUUAACAUUUCCACGGGAAAAAAGUACAAAACAUGGAAUGUUUAUAAAAACAUUUUUUUAAAUAUUCCUGCUUUAAAGUAUAAGUGACAAGUCUGUACAGGAAAGGUUUAGAUAGGAAAAGCUGACAAAGUUCAGCAAUAUUACCCAGGUAUGUCAGUUUAAAAUGAGAGUACAUUUGAUUUCUUUCCUACUUUACAUACAAAUAAUGAAGCUUCUUGCUUUUUUACUUUCUCGUAUAUACGAAAUAUAGAGAAAGUCUUGUAAUCGUGCAAAAAAAUCCAGAUUUUUGCAAAUCUCGACGUUUUACACCUCACUGAUACGGAAAAACAUAAUUUUGCAAUCUGGUCCGUAUGUCUGAGUGUGUGUGUGUGUUUGUUUGUCUGUCUGUGUGUAAACACAAUAACUUGAGUACCGUUACAGCUAGGCUGAUGAAAUUUCAAAUAUAAAUAUUUUAUCAAAAUCGUAG